AUGAAAUUUGCUAGAAAAGAAGCUAAUUUACAGCUGUAUUCUGCAGAGGAUGAACUGUGUGAUGCAAAAACCAAAGUUAUGGAACUUCAAGUAAUCAAUGACAAACAUCAGCAAAAAGCAUCAGAGAUUGAGAAAUUAGUUCAAAGUGAUCAGUGGCAGCUUCAAGCAGAGCAACAAAGAUGUGCAGUGGAGAAGGAUAACAUCCACAGAGUACACCUUGCUGAGCUAGAAUUCCUCAUUAGAGAAAAAGCUGAAGCAGAAAUGGCUUUUCAGGAAACUAAUGCUGCUCUGCAAAGCAUUGCCAAGAAUCUGAAGGACAUGGAGGCAGAGCACAAUGGCUGCGCCAAGGUGCUGAGGCUCCAGGCCAGCUCUCUGGAAAUCAAGAACAAACGGCAGGAGAGGCUCCUCAAAGAACUGGAGGCAGCUGCAGUGAAAAUAAAGGAACUGGAGGAUGAUGCUGCAGCAGCAAGACUAGCACAUGUAGAAUGUAAAUACACAACAGAUGUCAUGCAGUUGAGAAUUCAAGAACUCGAAGACGUUUUGAAUGAAGAUCAGCUCGGCAGAAGACAAGCUUUGCCAGAAGGGGUAGCAAGGGAAGAUUUCAGAGAGCCAGUAAAUGCUCUUGAGACAGGAAAAAAAGCUUCACCAAGACAGCAUAUAACCUACGGUAUGGAAUGGAAAGACAAGGUUGAGGCCAUGAGGAGAGCUCAAGAUCCCAAUGCCACAAUAGCGGUUCCUCCAGACAGCUUCAGCCUGCAUGAAGGCUCAAUAUCUGAUAAUCUUAUAGUGAUCUCUGACUGUACUGAUACAGCAUUUGAGAAACAGCUUUCUAUUAUCUUAAGGCACUUGUAUGAACUGCAAAGGGAGAUGUCCAUCCUCCUGAACUUAUACCAGACCCUGGCAAACGCCCAGGUGCUUUCCAGACAGACAAACGUCCCCCUGGAAGAAUUACCUUGGACAGAGCUUUGUGCGCUCUUGCGUGAGAAUGUUGAAGCCCUGGUCUCGAACUUCAACAAGGCUAAGCAGAGGAUAUCUCACCUAGAAUAUAUGUGCAAGCACAAGACUGAAACUAUGAACAACCUUCAGCAGAACCAGGAGGAUGCUUUGGAGAAAAUGUCUGAACAGUUAAAAGCACAGGAACACUGGUCGCAGAAAGAAAAGCAAUAUCUUGAACAGCAGUACUCAAACGCCCUUGCAGAAAUUCAUGCAAGAUCACAGGAAUGUGAAGAAACGGUGCAGAAAAACAGGCAAAAACUCUAUGGCCUUGAACAACUCUCUGACAAACUGGCCCAAGAAAACAAUACCUUGAAAAAUUCAUUAUUAGAUGCUUUCAAGGCACGCUCAUUCCUGCUGGCAGCCUCUGCACUGCUAUCAGGGGCCCUGUGCUCUCUCUACGGCCGACUGUGCGCCAUGUCUUGCCAAAGAGACAUUCUCCAGGAACAGGUGAACCAGCAACAACUAUUGAACCACAAGAUCGUCAGCCUCCUUUAUGCUCUCCCUGCUGUCAUGGAAAGAAACCAGGACGAAGUCAGGACAAGGCAAAGAAGAGCCAAGAAGCUGGCUUAUGUUUUCCGAAGAGCUGUGAUUGUAGCUCUGGCUGCCAACAGGCUGAGGGGUCUGGCCCGAUAUUCUUGUACCUUUUUUGUCUGGUCAGACGGAUGCAGAGGAAGCCCUGGAAUUCAAGUUUGUCUGGGAGAAUCCAGAGGCAGGCAUCCUGUGACACGUUUUGGAGAGGAAGGAGUUGACUGUAUUGAAGCAAUUAACUGGUUGUGUAGCUCUAACCUCUAUACUGCAAUGAUCAAUUCUAUCUCAGAUCUGGAGGUUGUUCUCAACAACCAAGAUUCAGAGCUGUGGCUUUCUAGUAACUCGCUGAUCGGCACAGCCAGGAACUGCUUUGCAAAACUGAUGGACAACCUGAGCGUUCUGAUGGAGACAGUUCAAGGGAAGACUCGUGGGUGCAGAGCCUUCCUGGAGAGGGACUCCCUGAUAGACAGGCUGGCUCGUGGGCUCCGCAGACUAAAUGCCCAGGCCCUGGAAGCUGGAUUGCAUGACAGACUGCCCAGCACAAGAAACAUAGCAACUUUGCAGCAAGAAAUAUUUGCAUUUUCACGAAGGCUUCAUGCAGCAGAAGUAGAGUCCCGCUCACUGUACCUGCAGCUUCAAGAAUGCAGAUGGGCUUUCAACAAGAUGCAAAAGGAUGCUGAAAAAACCCACAGACUGCAGACCCAAUUAAGUGAAGUUCAGCAAGUAAGUCACAUCAACAAAGACAAUAUACAGGAGGAGUUACAAAACGCUUUACAGCGUGAGCAUGAGGCACAAUUGCUUUUACAAGAGCACCACCAACGGAUUCAGGAGCUGAGUAAUAGACUGGAAUCACAAGCAUUUUCUGAGCUAAGUAAAAGCCAAGUAUCUCCGACGGGCCUCCCUGAUGCAGCAGAGGAGCUGAGGAAAAGAGACCAAGCUCUAGAUCAACAGGAGAAACUCCUGAAAGAAAUGGAGCAGGACCAGAAGCGGCUGUGGGAUACUCUCGAGGAGGCCGAACGUGCCCUUGAUCAGGGAAUAAAAGACAAAGAGUUAAUCAUUGGUCAAAUGAAAGCUGUGGAAGCUGCCCUGAAUAAGGCCAAAGAGCAGGCUGCGGCAUCAAGUGCUGAAGCAGCCGCACCACUCCCCAGCCUGCAGCUGCAGACCCUUCCAGAGGAAGCAACGGCGGGCAGGCCAGAGGCUGCCUCAUUACAGAAUGUGGUUAGAAGUUUUGAGGAUCUCUACUCACUGGCAGCUUCCAAAAUUGAUGUAUUAAGAGCAGGAAGAGACUCUUCAGGCUCUACCUAUGGAUCCUUAACAGCUGUUGGGAGUCGUUCUGCUGAGGAAUCCUCGCAAAUUGACUUUGCACCUGGACCAGCUACUUCAUCUCCUAUUCCUAUUACUCCUCCUGCUCCUGCAGGUAAUUUUCAGCCUUCAAUUUCAUCCCACGCAGCCAGUACACCUGCUACUCCUACUUCUCCUGAUGAAUCAUUUCAGCUUGUCUUCGUACCCCAAGGAACCAUUUCACCUCGUACUCCUGAUCCUAAUGGUGAGCUUUGGACCCAGAGCACCCCGUACACCUGCUACUUCUACUCCUGCUGCACAGCGGAGAGUGCCUAG